GUUUUAUGAUUGGAAGGCCAAUCAAAUACCUGCUUGAACAAAAUAAGGAAUAUAAUCCGAGUGACCUGUUUACCUCUUUACUGAGAACUGAGAGCAGCCGCUUUGUCUUCACUGCAGGCACCAGAUACAAGCACCUUAAGUUAAAAUGGCUGAUCAAAGACAGCGUUCACUUUCUACCUCUGGGGAUGCACUUUAUCAAAUUCUAGGUUUAGAGAAAGGAGCAUCACACGAGGAAAUAAAGAAAUCCUACAGAAAACUUGCUUUGAAACACCACCCGGACAAAAACCUCGACAAUCCAGAUGCCUCUGACAAGUUCAAAGAGAUCAACAAUGCUAAUUCAAUAUUGACGGAUAUUUCAAAACGGAACAUUUACGACAAAUAUGGCUCUCUAGGUCUUUACAUAGCGGAACAGUUUGGCGAAGAGAAUGUGAACACGUAUUUCAUGCUGUGUAGCCCGUGGGCAAAGGGUCUCUUUGUACUCUGUGGGGUGAUCACUUGCUUUUACUGCUGCUGCCUCUGCUGCUGCUGCUGUAACUGCUGCUUCGGUAAAUGCAAGCCUAAGCCUCCGGGAGGUGAAGAAUACGAAUAUUAUGUAUCAUCAGAAGACCUGGAGGAACAAAUCCGCAUGGACACGGACGUGGUUGCAGAUGGAGAGGCUCCAAUCGUUCUUCAGCCAACAAACGCAAAUGAGAAAACUCAGCUGAUUAAGGACAGUCGGCGAACCUACAACACAGAUGGGUAGAACCUGAGAGGACGGGAAGUUGAGCUGAAAUUCCAUGCAACCUUUACACUAGGAUGUGCCUUGGAGAGAGGUUGCAGUUUUCAUUUGGAAAAUUAAGCCAUCAGCUACCGACGUUUAGUCACUUAAAAGACACCGUCAAUUGUUUCCAGCAGUUUAAAGAAUUGAUCUACAACAUCAGUCUAAUAUUGCUCUGGACACUUCAAUAACAAAUUGCAUUUUUUCUCAUUUUGAUCUUAUAACAUUAUCGGGAAAUAAGCAGUCAUUUAUUUUUAAUUAUUCUGGUGAAUAAUGUGUUUAAUGUACUUCAACAGCCCAACCCCUCCUCAAAUUAAUUGUCAGGCUUUGUACAACAUGUAACCGAUUUCAUCGUUUUGGGUAAGACAAUAUAUUUAUUAAACAGACUCCAACAAUACCGGAAGAGAAAACUGACUCACUUCUUUCCACUUUACUCAUUACCCUAACAGAAAGUUGGAAUUGAAUCGUCUGCUACUAAAUAUUUCAGCAGGUCCGUUGCUUAUAACUGCAUUCUCUGUCUGUGCAAUAUUGGCACUGUUUGUCUAAAACCAAUAGACAUACUCAUUGGUUUAGUGCUGCUAAAAAUUGGGUUUCAAAUGCAAGUAGACAGAUUGGAUGAUCCAUGUCAAUAAACAAUGCUAAAGAUUUUAGCAGGGUGCUUCAGGUCAAAAUAAAAGUUCAUUAAAAUAAUUUUAAUAAAUGCAAUACAGAAAUGGUUUGAUGUGGCUUUAUAGCAUGUUCUGUAAUGUAUUUCCAACUGAUCUCAACUGUAACUUUGCCUGUCAUCUGCAUGUCUGCUCUGUAAAUUUAGGAUGCUGUAUUUUAGCUUUAAUAAGCUACACAUUUCUCAAAUACCUGUUACUAAAAGGAAUAUUUUUUUUAUUUUGUGUGUAACAGAAUUAGACUAAUAUUGAAAGCUUUCUAAAGAUUGUAAUUGCUGUAUUUAUAGAGCUAUUGUAUUUCUGGAACAAAACUGUAUUAUGUUUUGUUGUUAAUAUCUCUGAAAUCUAAAGUCUAAAUGUCUGCUCUCUUAAAAUCAAAUAGAAGAGCAUUCUUUCAAAGGCUGGAUUUAUAUAUAUUUAUGUUCUUUGUUGUUACUUAUAUUGUACAUAUCCUAUUAGUUUUCACAAACCCUAGUUAACCACUUUUCUUUGCUUUGAGCAAUGUGAAAGCAUCAUCUGUUAUUCAACUGUGAAGGAAGAGUGAAUUUGUAGUUUAGGAUAUUUUAAUAUUGGUUCAUAUUAUACAACACAUUCCCCUUGUAAGUUACUACUCUUGGCUGCAGUACUUCACAGAUUCCAAGAUUAUCUUGUUUCUCCCUCUCUUCCAAGACUUGAAAUUGUAAAAGUCUGGAAUGCUUUUGGAAACCUAUAUCCUGCACUAUAUUUGGCUACAUUGCUUGGCACAACUAUUUUAAAGUUCCACUGAUUAGGAACUUUGCAUUCAAUGCUGGUCUUUAUCAUUUCUUCCCACGUAAGCCUUGAAAUGUUGCAGCCCUGUUUCUGAGAAGAAAUCACAAGCUUUACAGUUACUCAAAGAAAAUUUGUUUAAAUGUUGCAAAUAUGAUUUUUUUUUUUAAAUUUUCAAAUAUUCAUGCUUCCUGCAUUCCUGAGCAUUUCCAGUACUUUCUAUUUUGUGCCCUAUAAUUAAUUGUAUCAUUUCUGAGAUGAUGAUUCCUGAUUAUAUUAUUUUGACUAGAGUUUAUCCGUCAACAAAUAUAAAUAUAAAUAAAAAAUAAGAAUCUGCUUAGGUAUAAAUAUAAAGCACAGUCCUCAGAGCUAUUAGCAUGGCGAAUAAACAAUUAUUUAUAUAAAAAAGGUGAAAAAAAGGAAUGUCUGAAAGAACUUUUGAAGUAAUCACUUAAAGCAAUAUUUAUUUUCGAGUCAUAGAUUAACCCAACACAAAAACAGGCCCUUCGGCCCAAUUUAUCCAAGCUGACCGAGGUGCCCCAUCUAAACUAGUCCCAUUCACCUGUGGAUUACUCCUAUCAUUCUAAACUUUUCCUAUCUACGUACGUGUCCAAAUGUUUUUUAAAUGUUGCUAUUGUACCUGCCUCAACGACUUCCUUUGGCAGCUUCUUCCAUAUGUCAACCACCAUCUUUGUAAAAACGUUGCCCCUCGAGUUCCUGUUAAAUAUGUUCCCUCUUAUCUUAAACCUAUGCUUUCUAAUUCUUGAUUCUCAUACCAUGGGAAGAAGACUUUGACCAUUCACCAACCUCUUCCUAUAGCUCUAGCCCUCAAGUCCUGACAACAUUCUCGUGGAUCUUCUCUUUCCAGCUUAUCUUUUCUAUCGCAGGGUGAUCAAAACUGAAUACAAUACUUCUAUAUUCAAUGCCCUGACUGAUGAAGGCCAACAUGCCAAAAACCUUCUUCACUGCUGCCACUUUCAUGAAACUAUGCAUUUGAGGGAAAUAUGUAUUUAUUUUACUUUUGCAUUUCAUGUUUAACCUAAUGUUUCUGUUCUGCUUAACAAAAAUACAUAACCACCAAAAAAAGGAAAGACAAAUUUAAUCAGGAAUAUUAUUUAAAAUAUAUGGCUGGAUUGGAUGACAAUAAUUAGGUAUAUUUCAGUAUUUAUGUUUUGUGUACACAUUGCCUAUGUUAAAGAAUAUUAUUAAAAAGGUUACUGUUCUAAAAA